AACGGUGUGACUACUUUGUUUUAGAAAUUAGCGUCAAGUUUGGCAAGAGCACACUAUUCCCUCGGUGUCAUCAAUCGGAUAAAAUGAUGUCUUUCACCAAACUUGUGUUGCUGCUAAUUGUAUGUUGCACUGCAAGAACAGGCUUUGGCUACGACAUGUACCAAUUAAAUAAAAGGUAUUCGUGCAACAACGAGCUGCUUUCUGAAGCAAUGAAGAAAGAAUCUUCUGAAGACUCCUCAAUGAAGGAUAGAGACAUGAUCUACCUACCAAAUGACAGAUCUUCGUUGGUUGAAGAAAAAGAGAAAAGGACAUUGCCAUUUUCUCGAUAUAAAUAUCUCACCCGAACACAAUUAAAAAGGAAAAUGUAUCAGAAUACAGCAAGGAGCAAUCGUCGAACCAAAUUCACCUUGUCUCUCGAUGUUCCGACGAACAUUCUCAAUAUUCUUUUAAACAUUGCAAAAGCUAAAAACAUGAGGGCAAAGGCAGCAGCUAAUGCUCGUCUGAUGGCAAAAAUUGGUCGAAGAAAGUAGAUCUGUACUUACUUAAGUAUUAAGAUAUUUCCUUGUCCGCAUGAACCUGCAGCUGCAUGCUUAUGGCUAAAAUCUGUUAGCACUAAAACUAAUCUAAUUGAAAGAUGAAAUGAAAUUGUGUAAUUCAACAGAAAAUGGGAAAUUGUCAAGUCAUUAAAGAGGUUGAGUGAGGGAUGUUGACAAUAUCUGGACCCAAUAAAUCCUUGGUUAAGGACAUUGUUAGUAAUCCUUUGAUAAAUUGUAUUACAAAUUCAGAUGCUUUCUAAGGAGAUUAUUGAUUUUAUAGGGACAAGCAUUAAUUUAUAAAAUUACAAAAUCUAAAAAGGCAUUUAUUUGGCAGUAAUGAGUUGUAAAAUGGUGUAAUUCAUUAUGUUCUAGUAUGGUACAACUUUGAGAUGCAAUGAAUUUCUAUACAAAAGAGCAAAAGUCCACCUAGUCAUUUGCUACACCCCUAUGAGGCACAUGGUUUAAAGAUGGGGGAUUUUUUUAAAUUGUAGUAAUCAAUCUCAGUUAAUCUACAACAGACUCAGCAGUAACACGAGGAAAAGACCAGUGGUGGAGGUCAUUAGGAAGUAUGAGUUCUGAAUUAGCAUUGUCUUCACAAGCAUUUUACAUUAUACAUUCCAGUCAGUCAACUACAUUUCAUAAGAAUCUGUCUUGGGAGAAAGUGUAUGGAAGUAAAUCUGACAGCAGAACACUGGAGUUUCUUGCUAAUUGGCAUUCUAAAUUUAUUGAUUUAUCCAGAUUGUAUGUGCAUGCAUUUCAUCUGCUAUUUAGAAGCAUGCAAAAAGUAAAAAGGGUUAAAUGCAGCAUUUAUUGGUGGCAAAUCCUGUGCAAUAUUCCCAUCAAAUAUUUUGAAGGAAAGCAAAAAUAUUUAACUAUAGUGAGACUGCCAUUCCUACAUGCAUGUCAAACCAUUGUUAGCCCUUUAAGAAGGAAAAUGGUAUAACGUUAUCAAGAAUAUUUCAGACCUGAUUUAUGUUCUCUUUUGCAGCUCGAUCUUAGUAUAUUUUACCUCUCCUUUCCAUAUGUCUCCCAGGAAAACCAGUGGCAAGAUCUGUGAAUGUAGAUUGCUGGUUUUUUGAUGAGCCUUCAGAAUAAUGAGUCACAAUGAUCUCUAUAAGUAAGAAUACUUAGAACAUAAUGUCCCCGGUGAGGUAGUGUAUUUUUAAACUUUUAUCUCUAGGUUGAGAAUUUGGUAAUGGAUUUUAGUAUAAUGCAUGCUGCUGCUGUUGGUUAAUAUUAAGUAUUAUUUCAUGUGUUUGAAGAUGAAGACAAGACAGUUAAGAGAUCUGUACCUGCUGAUUGUAGACUAUAUUUCUGAAACCUGUCUGAUAGCCAAUUCACCUGUUUCUUCUAAGCUGUGAAUAACCAAGUUUAUUGUAUGUAUUCAGCUGAAUUUGCCAAUGUAAAAUGUUGAUCAUCUGUUUACCUGCAGUAAUAGAAAGUGAUUUGCUUUUGACAUUCCAGCUUUCUUUAUAAAUGUUAUGAUAAAAGAAUAGUUGUAGAUUUAAAAUCAAAUAAAUAUGGAAUUAGGCAUAGCAAUAACUAUGUUGCAAA